AGCGGCUCUCCUCCGACCCUCUCAUGUCCUCCGUCUUCACGUUGUCACUCGCCGCACCAGAACCCGGACCCGGACCCUCCUGGAUGAGUCCUCCUCCAGUUGGGCAGCUGAUACCACACCAGUCCGCAGGAGGUGUCGAGCUCGAAUCAAGGACAGUCGGACGCUCCGGGACCAAAGAUGAGGACCAAGUGUGUGAGAGCUGCCUCUCUGCUGCUGCUCCUAUCGCUGGUUUCCUGCGCUGAAUCUCAGAGUUCCGGGAGUCCCGACCUUCGGCAAAGCACCAAAUCCAAAAUGAAGACCUACUGGACCGAGAGCAGCAAGACUUUGUCCAUCAGCCGCCUCCUGUCCCAGACCCUCGUCGACAGAGACAAUUUCACUGCCCUGGACCUGAGCUAUGACGAGGACUCCUUGUCCAAGCAGGAGCAGUGGAACUGGCUCUACAACAGCACCGGCGCCCGAGACCCUCGAUCCAGAACUAAACGGAGACCCAUCGUGAAGACCGGCAAGUUCAAGAAGAUGUUUGGUUGGGGCGACUUCCACUCCAACAUCAAGACGGUGAAGCUGAAUCUUCUCAUCACCGGGAAGAUCGUGGAUCACGGCAACGGGACCUUCAGCGUCUACUUUCGCCACAACUCCACUGGGCAGGGGAAUGUGUCAGUGGGGCUGGUGCCGCCGACCAAGGCGGUGGAGUUCCAGGUCCACCAUGCGCACCAGCCCUUCCACCACCAUCACCAGCAGCAGCAGCAGCAGACUGCUCUAGAGACCAAGGACACCAAGCUCUUCAACUGCAGGGUGGAGUACGAGAAGGUGGAGAAGGGCACCCGGAACUCCCUGUGUGCCCAUGACCCGUCGCAGAGCUGCCCGCAGGAGCAGACCCAGAGCCACGUCUCCUGGUUGUGCGCCAAACCCUUCAAAGUCAUCUGCAUCUUCAUCACCUUCUACAGCACCGACUACAAGCUGGUGCAGAAGGUGUGUCCGGACUACAACUACCACAGCGACACCCCGUACCUGCCCACCGGGUGACGCCUGCGCGGACCUCCUCAGAUAUAAAUAAAGACCACAGACUCUGUGAACUUGAGCUGUUGACAGGCAUUAUUACUGCGAACUUUUGUUGCAAGGCUUCGACGGACAGACGAUGUCGUUACGGGGUCACCAAGGCUUGCGUAUUAUAUGCAUAACCGCCAGAUGUAUUCAAACUCUGAUUGUAUUUAUGUAAAUAACGAGACACAAAUUGAAUUUUCACCGAGUCCCCCAAGCUAAUUUAGUGCUUUGUUAUCGUGUGGUGGAGAUAAGGCUCCUCAUCCUUCCUCAGUACUAACCUCAUCAUAAAUCUGUCGAAAGGCGCCAGCAGGAAAAGUCUCUGCCUUUCUGCCCGUGUGACUGUUCGACCCUCUGAUGUCGUGGUAGAAACCUCGUCCAUGCAUGAAGUGUCCCAUUGCUGUACUCAUGAAGCUGAUCUCCCUCCAGUCGCCAGGACAGUUUGUGUUCACCGUUUGGGUUCAACUGCAGAGCAGAUGAACCUCUGUCACAAUAAAUGAAUAA